UGCAGAAGAGAGUGAGGUGUCUACGCAUGUGCAGAGACAUCUUUAAUUGCCAGGGCAAUACGGUGCCGCAACAUAGCCACAGACCGGGACACCAGAGGAAAAAUUGAUCUACGCUCCCGGAUUACCGGCGGGCCCGGCACGGAUCGUUGCAAUUAACGUCAGAUCACUGCAGUCAUGUCGGUGGCGAAUGACUUCGGGAACCCGUUGCGGAAAUUCAAACUUGUGUUUUUGGGAGAGCAAAGCGUUGGAAAAACCUCUCUCAUCACAAGAUUCAUGUAUGACAGUUUUGACAACACCUACCAGGCUACCAUUGGGAUCGACUUCCUGUCAAAGACCAUGUACCUGGAGGACAGAACAGUGCGUCUGCAGCUGUGGGACACUGCAGGUCAGGAGCGCUUCCGCAGCCUCAUCCCCAGCUACAUACGAGACUCCACCGUCGCUGUGGUCGUCUAUGACAUCACCAAUGUCACCUCAUUUCAGCUGACCUCUAAAUGGAUUGAAGAAGUGCGGUCAGAGAGAGGAAGUGAUGUCAUCAUCAUGUUAGUGGGCAACAAGACAGAUCUGGAGGAGAAAAGGCAGAUCAGUACUGAGGAGGGCGAGAGAAAGGCACGAGAGCUGAGUGUGAUGUUCAUUGAGACCAGUGCCAAGAAUGGCUGCAACGUCAAACAGUCUAUAGACAAUUCACCUGCUGGACUUAGGAUGAGGGAAAAAUCACUGUUUCGCCGUGUUGCAGCUGCUUUACCAGGCAUGGAAAGUUUGGAUGAACCCAACAAAGAUGGUAUGAUUGACAUCAAACUGGACAAACAGCCUGAAGACUCCACCCCCAAGUCCCGCUGCUCCUGUUAACACUGCGUGAUUGGACAGCCUUAUUUAUGACAUGCUUGUUGUAUUGCUUUCUAUUGGUCAGAGUCAAGCUGGACCCUCUCUGAUUGGAUGUUGGCCUGUUUGCCUGAAUAAGACUGAGGGGAAUGUGUGUGGCGGGGAGGGUGGUCCUUGUGGCUACAGGGGGAGGGGCAAGAACAUUUGGUGCCUGUGGGGAAGGGGUGUGUGGGCGGUCCUUUGGACUAACUGGGCGGGGCUUAAGGGUGGAAAGGGGUGUGGACUAAUGGUAGACAUGAACAGGCAGGGGUUGAUCCUCUGGGCCAUCCACCAUUCCCCCCAACACACACACACACACACACACACACACACACACACACACACACACACACACACACACACACACACACACACACACACACACACACACACACACACACACAUACAUACAUACAUACACACACACACACACACACACACACACACACACACACACACACACAGUCACACAAACAUAUGCAGACACACUCAGAAGGCUGACUAGAGGAAAUCUGCAGAUGGACAAAUCCAGACAGUAUAUGUAGUAUACUACUGGACUCUCUCAUACAUGAACUCACACACACACACACACACACACACACUCUGACAUAAACACAUCAAUGCAAGACUCACAGUCAGGCGACACCUGCAGGCCACUUUAAGUAUGACAGACCAAUUCAUCUUCCCUUGUAUUUAAAUGUAAAAAACAAAACAAAACAAAACAGACUAUGUGUAUCAGAAUUUGUUUGUUGUGAGUUGGGAAGACCCGUUUUAAAUAACCUGCAGCUGGUGUUGCUCUCAAAAAAAGACACGGAACGGAGUGUCUACUGUAGAAUAUAUUAGCACACUGGUGGUAAAACUGUUUUACAUCUGUAACUCUAGCUAAUUGUUAAUUUAACUCUUAAUUCUGAAUGACUGGGAGGAUGGAGCGGCAUCUGAGCCUUUUAUGCUGCCAUCAAACCACAAAUAUACCUGAAACCUGAUUGGCCCAGAGACUGCAUGACAUCCGCCAAUCAAUCACUCACCGAACAUUUCUCUCUGGAUCUCACCCGUGUUUGCCAGGUGAUGUAAGAUGAUAUGAACUCAGUGAAAUUGUCUCCUGUGAUCCAGAACAUUAAAUAAAAGAUUUAUUUGAAAAUGA